GGGCAACAGAAAGGGGGGAAAAAGCUCAGCUGGGAGCUCCCGGCGAAACACACACAACUCAGGAGCUGUGUGUCAGAAGACGGUAUUGUUUUUUUUUGUUUUUGCUUCGCUCAUGUUGGAAUAUUUUAUUUCAGUAUUUCAGCUUCACAAUUGAACUUUAUUCAAACUAAAACUAGGGUGGGACUGGACGGAGAUACGAGUGUUUAGCCUCAUUGAAUUGGAUGCCUACUUCUCAGGCCGACUGGUGCGGGUUGAACGUAGGUGUAGAUGUGUGACAGCGGAGUGUGUGAGGACAAGCCCCCCGCUCCCCCUGUCAGGAUGAGUAGCCAAGGAGGAGGAGCCAAGGACCCCCAGUCGGCCAAUCACAACUCUCGGCCGCUGCCGUCUGCCCCGGAGGAGAAGAAGCCCAGGAACAAAAUCAUCUCCAUGUUUGAUAAAGGAUCUAAGAAGAAGGAUAAGGACAAAGACAGGCCUGAAAUCUCUUCCCCGUCAGACUUUGAACACACCAUCCAUGUUGGUUUUGAUUCUGUCACUGGUGAAUUCACUGGAAUGCCGGAGCAGUGGGCCCGGCUCCUUCAGAACUCCAACAUCAGUCCAUCGGAGCAGAAACAGAACCCGCAGGCCGUCCUGGACGUUCUCAAGUUCUACGACUCCACCAGCGGAAAGCAGAAAUACCUGAGUGUUUCUGCUUCAGAUAAAGAUUCUCAGUUGCCGGGCAAGAAAGGUACGGCUACUUCUCCGUCAGCCAGAGACGACGAUGAUGACGACGACGAUGAUACGCCGCCUCCGGUCGUGGCGCCACGGCCACCGUACACAACAUCCGUGUACACGAAGCCGACCCCAGAAACAGAAAGUCCAAAGGCAGCUGACCGACAGAAAGCAAAGGGAGGCAAGAUGACUGAUGAAGAAAUAAUGGAGAAGCUGAGAAGUAUUGUCAGUGUCGGAGACCCGAAAAAGAAAUAUACUCGCUUCGAAAAGAUCGGCCAGGGGGCCUCUGGUACAGUUUACACAGCCAUAGAUGUCGCCACAGGACAAGAGGUGGCCAUCAAGCAGAUCAACCUGCAGAAGCAGCCAAAGAAGGAGCUUAUCAUCAAUGAAAUCCUGGUCAUGAAAGAGCUGAAGAACCCCAACAUUGUCAACUUCGUAGACAGUUUCCUGGUUGGGGACGAGCUCUUCGUGGUGAUGGAGUAUCUGGCCGGCGGCUCUCUAACUGAUGUUGUGACGGAGACGUGCAUGGAUGAGGCUCAGAUCGCUGCCGUCUGCAGAGAGGUCCUUCAGGCUUUGGAGUUUCUUCAUGCCAACCAGGUCAUCCACAGAGACAUCAAGAGCGACAACGUACUUCUCGGGAUGGACGGAUCAGUCAAACUCACCGACUUCGGCUUCUGCGCUCAGAUCACCCCGGAGCAGAACAAGCGCAGCACCAUGGUGGGAACGCCAUACUGGAUGGCUCCAGAGGUGGUGACCAGGAAGGCUUACGGACCCAAAGUGGACAUUUGGUCUCUGGGGAUCAUGGCCAUAGAAAUGGUGGAGGGGGAGCCUCCAUAUCUCAACGAGAAUCCUCUCCGGGCGUUGUAUUUAAUCGCCACCAACGGGACUCCUGAGCUGCAGAACCCAGAGAAGUUGUCUCCCAUCUUCAGGUCCUUCCUGUCCAGCUCUCUGGAGAUGGACGUGGAAAAACGAGGGUCCGGCAAAGAGUUGCUGCAGCAUCCCUUCCUGAAGCAGGCGAAACCUCUGUCCAGUCUAACCCCUCUCAUCCUGGCAGCCAAGGAGGCAAUGAAGAGCAAUCGCUAACCCUCCGCCUUCGUUUCAGAGACUUUAAAACAAACACGGACCGCCAACCGUCUCCCAGCGGUCUGUGCAUCCGAUCAUGAGAAGUCUACCGAUGUUUUGUUUUUCUAGUUGUCAUAAAAUGCUGCUCCACUUUCCUCGUGUUUCUGGACUGAUAAUCUACUAAUUUUCCACUUGUGCCUUGCUCCAAAGCUGCGUGAAGCCAAAGGAAAUUCCCUUGUGUGUCUUGAAGCAUGUCCAAAAUACAACAUCAGUCUGGCUUGAGACUGAUGUUUUUUACAUAUUAAGAAUUUCAUCAUACAAAAGGAAAGCUACUAAAGUCCACUUAAUUAUGCAGUACAAGUUUGAUCCUAGACAGGGUUUAUUGGGGAACUCUUGUGGUAAGGAAAAUAAAGCAAGAAAACAUUCAGAACUCUGUUAUUUGAUCUACAUUUGGUGGUGAUCUGCGGUUACAUGAUGAGAUCCGAAUGGUGCAUGAAACUUAAAACCUCUGCUGUGCUGGGGCCCAGAAUGGGACAGUGUUCUCUUUGUGCAGUGGAAAAACCACGUCAGUGUCCUUCUUGUUACCCUAAGUGUCAGUAAAACUGAGUAAUUACAUGACUUUAUGCGGACACAAUCUAUGCAAUCUCAUCUGAACACAGAUGAGAUCUGCAGAUUUUUAAAAAACUGUUUUUUUUUAAUUCUACAAAGCCUUAAAGCCAAAUGUGUUUCUUAGUAUGAUUGUUCUUCUGCAUGUUUAUCUUCCUUGCUGUUCAUCACCUGAUCUUAGUACAACACAAUUAUCAUCUGUAGUAUAUUAAAUGUUACACUGGAGGAGUUUUUUUUAUAUAUAUAUUGUCUGUAUAUUAUGUAAUGUCUUGUAUUUUUAACAACUGAUAAUAUAUAUAUAAAUAUACAUUGUUACUUCAUUGUUCUAGCUAACAGCAUGGGACAUUUUUAAAUUGACAUUCAGGAAAUCUGUGUCCUGGUUCAGUUCAAUUCAGAAGUAUGCUACUGAUCCCAAAGAGAAAUUAAAUGUUGUUGUAACUCAUUAAUUCAAUAUUCUUCAAAGAUUUAUUGUAGAUGGUGAGAGGGAUUUUAUGUAGCAGUCUGUAUUACAGUGAAUUUGAAGGAGCUUCUGACUGAAGACACUCUGUUUAUCGACGUUAUUCUCCUUCUGUACAUUAAAUUACCAGAGGACACAGAGAACCAAGAGUAAAAUCAACAAUCCAACUAUAAGGAGCUAAAACUGUCUCAUAAUUCACAAAUGCACAGCAGGAGAUCCACAAAAGUAUGGGGUUCCAUUUGUGUCAAAAGUAAGCAGAAGUCAUAUGUGUAGAUGCUGUUGGUCUAUGUCGUUGCUAUGUGUCUUUGGUAGAUGUCUAUGGUCUUAGUGCUUUAUGGAUCUGCCGAUGUUGCAUAUGUAGGUGAUCCAUAUGUUAGAUAUUGCAUAUGUCUGUGUUGCAUAUGUGUUCGCUGCAUAUGUAGAUGUUGCAUAUGUUAUGUUUCUGGCUCCCGUGGUUAUUAGUCACUGUCGUCUUGUCAGUUCAUCUGUGGUAAAGCAGUGCAUUUGUGAAUCUUGGGUUGUGCAUUUGUGAAUUAUGAGACAGUUUUAGCUCCAUACAACUAUUUUUCACAUCUAUGACCAAAAGGUAGAACUUUGUGAUUUAUGAAAUAAGCAACAUUUGGCCCUAAAUAAAAUCCUAAGAGUUGUUAGAUUAUUAAUAAACUUGGAGCUGAAGGGAA